UCGGCUAACUCCAGUUGGAGCACGGGAGGCUAAUGCAGUGGGGCUGCUCUGGACUUGGGAUAAUUUGGAAUUACAGAUACGGGACAUUUUCUGACUUUAUACCCAAAUGAUAUAGACACUCUGGUGCUAAGCAGGUCAGACAUAAACUUGGAUUGCAUUUGGAGGGGAGGAUCCACAGAGAUCACUAAAUAUAUCCACUGCCUGUGGAAAGAAGCAUCUAAUGUUACAGGGGCUUCAACGAGGGAGCUGCCACUAAUGUCAGAUCAGCAUCUGGAAACUGCAGCAGCAAAUGAUCGUCGCACCCUGGAGAUCCAGACGUGCCCUCUUUACAAGAGAUCCAGCCUAGCAAUGAGAAGUUUAUUUGCACCAAACAAGGAUCUGUCUGAAGAAGUUUGCUGAGCGACAUCACGCAGCAUGUUUGAAAAAGCAGAGGCUUGUGAGUCCAUAUGAGUCAGGACUAUACUGUUAUUUUGGAUUCCAUAAACCAUGCUAUUAAUAUUUCGGAACUUUUUGUAUUUGUCAAAUAGCAUUUUUUAUUUCUCAAUAUUCCUAAUAAAUGACGAUCACGGAUCUCUAAGCAGAAUUUUUUUUUUUCCAAAUCGUCCAAAGUGAAACAUUAGGCUUUUUUAUACGACAAAAACAGAAAAGAAGAAACCUAAUGAUGUCUUUGUCACGGAUCCGCACAUGGUUUAAAAGUGUCAACCAUUCUAAGGUUAUCAGGAGAAAUUAAAACACUAUGAUUUUAAUACGCUAAAGAUACUCAUGAAUCAACUGUUAUAUUUUAGCGAGGUUGAAGACAAGACAUGCUUUAUUUUGGUAUGAAUUAACAUUACAAAAAAAAUACGAUUUGCUAUAUGAAAUCAUGAACACAAUAAAAGCUGGAAUCUUGGUACUGGGACUGGUGCUCCUACAAUACCCUGCACCUGUGCCAGCAGCAUCCAAAGCAAUUGUGUGCCAAGAAAUAACAGUACCCAUGUGCAAGGAUGGAUACAAUUAUACCUACAUGCCUAACCAAUUUAACCAUGACACUCAAGAUGAAGCUGGCUUGGAAGUACAUCAGUUUUGGCCGCUAGUGGAAAUCCAGUGUUCACCUGACUUGAAAUUUUUUCUCUGCAGCAUGUAUACACCAAUAUGUCUACUAGAUUAUAAGAGCCUCUUCCACCCUGUAGGUCGGUUUUGUGAGAGUGCUAAAGCAGGCUGUUCUCCUUUGAUGCGACAAUAUGGCUUUGCUUGGCCAGAGAGAAUGAACUGUGACAAACUGCCCGAACUUAAGGACCCAGAUAACCUUUGCAUGGAUUAUAACAGGACAGGAACAACCACACUGCCACCGAUUGCAAAAUCUACGUACCCACCAAGGUCAAAUAAACAUUCAAAUGCAUUCCAUGGCCACAGACAACAAAGCAAUGAGUGUGAUGGUGUUUGCAAGUGUAGGGAACCUUUUAUUUCCAUAACGAAGGAAUCACAUCCACUCUACAACAGGAUAAAGACUGGACAGGUGACUAAUUGUGCUAUACCAUGUUUUCAUCCCUAUUUUACUCAGGAUGAAAAGACCUUUGCCACUUUCUGGAUAGGGCUGUGGUCCAUUCUCUGCUUCAUCUCAACCUUCACCACAGUGGCAACAUUUCUGAUUGACAUGGAGAGGUUUAGAUACCCAGAGCGCCCAAUUAUUUUCCUGUCAGCUUGCUAUCUCUUUGUGUCUGUUGGAUAUAUUGUCCGGCUUAUAGUAGGGCAUGAAAAUGUUGCUUGCAACAAGGAUCAUAUUCAUUAUGAUACAACAGGCCCUGCCCUCUGUACAGUUGUGUUCUUGCUUAUCUACUUCUUUGGAAUGGCCAGCUCCAUUUGGUGGGUUAUCUUGUCUUUUACAUGGUUCUUGGCUGCUGGCAUGAAGUGGGGUAAUGAGGCCAUUGCCAGUUAUUCUCAGUAUUUCCACAUGGCAGCAUGGCUUAUCCCAAGUGUUAAAUCCAUAGCUGUGCUAGCUUUAAGUUCAGUUGAUGGAGACCCAGUGGCUGGAAUCUGCUAUGUAGGUAACCAAAAUCUGGACAACCUGCGUGGUUUUGUUUUGGCACCUCUUGUGGUGUAUCUCUUUACAGGGACAAUGUUUCUUUUAGCAGGAUUUGUGUCACUUUUCAGAAUAAAGGAGUGUUAUAAAAACAGGGGUGGCACCAAAACAGACAAACUGGAGAAACUAAUGAUUAGAAUAGGCAUAUUUACUGUACUUUACACUGGUUCCUGCAUCUAUAGUUGUUGCAUGCCAUACAUAUAUGAACAACACUACCGGGACUAUUGGGAAAAAACUCACAACUGCUCUUGUCCUGGAGACAAAAAAAGAUCCAGGCCAGAAUAUGCCGUCUUCAUGUUAAAAUACUUUAUGUGUCUAGUGGUUGGUAUAACUUCAGGUGUGUGGAUUUGGUCAGGAAAGACUCUAGAUUCUUGGAAGAGGUUUACAAGUCGCUGUUGUAGAAGUAGUAAACCUAUCCAUGCCUCCACAUACAGUGAAGCUAGCACAGCACUAACAACAAGAACUGGCUUACCUAGCUCAGCACUGUACCACAAACAAGUUCCACUGUCUCACGUGUGAUCAUUUCUUGCACUCAACAAUUACUGACUUAGAAGAUUAAGCUAUGGACCCUAGGAGCUCUUUGUGUGGUUUCUGUGUCCUGCACUGCUGCUUUCUGUAUGCUCUGACAAUCAUACAAAUACUGAAAUAAAUGGUAACUAUUGUUAUGAAAUCCUUAUGAUUUUAUCUAGACAUCUGAAUGUGUGGGAAUAUAUUCAUUCACUUAUAACCUCAAUGGAUCAUUUAAGCAAUCUCCAUAACUGGGCAUUUGGCUUUAAAAUCAUGUCAAAAGGAAAAAUAUCUUUGUUUUUUUUUUUUGUGUCACUUUUCCAUGGUACUUUAGAAAGGGUAUUUGUACUGCUUUUAACUUGUAAUU